ACUUUUACAUACGUGUCAAGCGAACUUGCGCGUUUGGCUUUCGCAGCCUCUAAUUUUAGGAAUUAAUUGACAAAUAUAUCUGCUAAUCAUUAAAAAUGGCCCCCAAACAGAGGAUGCGCAUCGCCAACGAGAUUGCCAGCAAAAACAUUACCAUGAGGGGUAAUGUGCCCAAGACUACCAAGGAAAAGGACGAUCAAUACCCUGUCGCACCCUGGCUGCUCGCUCUCUUCAUAUUCGUAGUAUGCGGCUCAGCAGUGUUCCAAAUAAUCCAAUCUAUAAGACUCGCCUAGAUCGCCCUUGUGAUUCCCCACCCUUGACUGAAUACCUAUCCAUUGUGGCUUGAAUAGUUUCCUACAGGCUUUUAACUUCUACUCACAUCUGAAGGCCUAGUACUUUUCCGUCUCAUCUCGAGACUUAAACAUCUUCAACAAAACUGGCUUUAAUGAAGCUUAGUUAAAUGUUCUAUGCGUUUCUGGUCGCCUGGUAUUAUAAAGGUGCGUAUUGAAACACGUUGUUUCCUUUCUAAGCUGUAAGACAAGUUUUCAUGAAACCCUUCAAGCCACGAAUCCCCGUAGUAAAUUACAAUAAAUUUUAUAAAUAUUACACCAUGCUAGGAGCUGCUGUUCCAAAUCUCCUAAUAUGGACGACUGCGCCAACUCUCUAUGUAGCUUGCAAAGUUGCAGUACUUUAUGUUUAAUUCAUAAGCGCAGGUUUUAAAAACAACAUAAUCUCAAGAAAAAAAAACAUAAUUGUACGUACUAUAUUCUUGUAUAUUGUAAAAAAUGAAUUUAAUAUUAAGGUGAAUAUAAAAUCGAGAGCAUUUAGAUAAAAUGUUGUUGAAAAUUCAUUCCUUUAUUUGAGACCUUGGUGGACUCACGCACAAGCGCGACUGAGGAUAGUCGUGGGUUUUUUAUUUUUAUUCGAUUAUAUGUAGUUCAAUUUAAUUGUAAAAUAAAAUUGUUUUAUAUCCGCGCCACUAACGAAAUUAUUUGUCGGUACUAUUUUUAAUUUUAAAUGUAAUUUAUUUGAUUAAUAAAUACAGUAUAUUUGUCAUAUUAUAC